AUGUCGACUCAUGAACGAAUAAAAACGAAGAAGAAUAUGCCGUUGCUUGACUACGUUGAGAAAUUCAUUGAGAAACGCGAUAAAAAUUUACGAAAAUUAGCCCAGCGAGGUAUCUUAUCACCUCCGCUAGCUCGUUUUGACAAGAACUCGGUAAUUAUCGAAGCCGGCGACAACGUCUAUCCAUAUGUAAAUACAAAUAAACAAGUCGAACAAAAUGAUCACGUAUUAGAUACGUCGACUGAACUGAAGAAAAACGAUGUAAAUAUUGAUAAACAAGAUGUUCAACUUCGCCUACCCGUGAGUGAAUCUGUCGAGAUUCGAGUGCGUGACAUGUCACCACAACCAGAAGUUCGAGAUUUAUCGACACAUAAUUUAACUGUACCAGAAGAUGAUCAAGGUUUACAGCGUACGACAUCACCACUAUCAAUCGAAGAUUCUCUCUCCACUCGAUCGUAUUCGUACAAUCAUCGUCCUGUUUUCUAUGAUAGGUAUGUCCCAGUAGAUCACAAGCCACCGUCACAUCAAUCGCUUGUUCAUCGUCGUUCAGAUGGUCAAAUGAGAUCACUCAAUAAUGAAAACGAAGAUUCACUCGUAAGAAAAUCUCCGAAGAAACACCAUACUUAUCACAAUGAUCCGACUAAUCGUUACAUUGAACAUCAAAAUACGCAUACAACUGUCGAAGUAGAAUUCAUUCGAGUGCCGGUGAUGCGAUUAAGACCUGAUGAAUACUAUCGACGAUCGAAUGAACUGGCUAAAAUGGAGAGUAUUCGCUCAUCGUUGUCUGCUGACUCAACGUUACAAUGGCGCAUCUAA